AUGAGUAGUGAUUCAAGUAAUAUAUCAGGAUUAAUAUCUUCUUCAUCAACUUCUAAUGAUAAUGAUAAUGAUACAACUACAACUACAACAGCCCCCGUGAUUAAUGAAGAAUCAGGAUCUUCAACUAGUGGAUUACAACAAAAUUUCACCAUUAAAUCACAUUCACGAUAUUUUUCUCCUCAACGGAAUAUAACAACCAAAAAAUUUAAUUAUUUAGAUAAUCCAUUUUAUUAUAUGGAUAAAGAAUUUGAACUGCACCACCACGGCCAACAAGAUGAAGAUCCGAGUUAUGUAACUUCAAGAAAUGGACAAAUCAAUAAUAAUAACACGACUGGUGAUGGAAACAGCAGUAAAAAGAAAAAGAAGUCUGGUGGGAAAUGGCAAUGGCAAUGGCAAUGGCAAUGGAGAUUUAAACGUAUUGAUUUGAAAAAAAGUUUCCGAUUUAUUAUUGCUAUUGUAACAAUAUUAGUAAUAUUUGUAUUAGCAAUCAUUUUUGCUAUUAUGAGUAGUUUUAUAAUUAAUAAUCCAAUUAGAAAUGGUGAUAAAAUUGAAAAAUUGACAAAUAUAAAUUAUGCUCAAUUGAAAUCAAUUCGAACUAAUUUGAUUGAUCCCGAUACUCCUACAGAAUUCUACAAUUUAAACAAAACUAAUGAGACUGAAGUUAUUGGUGAGAAUGGUGAUUGGAUAUUGGUAUUUUCUGAUGAAUUUGAACUUGAUGGUAGAACAUUUCAUGAAGGUGAUGAUCAAUUUUUCACUGCGGUGGAACUUUAUUAUGGUGCAACUCAUGAUUUAGAAUAUUAUUUACCACAAAUGAUCACAACAAAUAAUAGUAAUUUAGAAAUUUUAUUUGAUAAAUUUAAUUAUUCUUCAGGAUUAGAAUAUGUUUCCGGGAUGUUACAAACUUGGAAUAAAUUAUGUUUUAAUAAACAUGUUAAAAUUGAAAUUAAAGCUAAAUUACCUUAUGAAAUUAAAAAUGGGUUAUGGCCAGCAAUUUGGUCAUUAGGAAAUUUAGCUCGGCCAGGGUUUUUAGCCACUACAGAUGGUAUUUGGCCUUAUACUUAUAAUGAAUGUGAUUUAGGUAUAUUACCUAAUCAAUCAACCUUAAAUGAAGAAAUGUCUUAUUUACCAGGUCAAAGAUUAAGUAAAUGUGUUUGUCAGGGGGGAGAUCAUCCUAAUCAUGGAACUGGUCGUGGUGCCCCUGAAAUUGAUAUAAUUGAAGGAUUAUUUCAAUAUGAUAAAUUUUGGGGGGUACAAACAUUACAAGUGGCUCCAUUUGAUGAAUGGUGGAGACCAGAUUAUGAUUAUGUAGAAAUUAUAGAUGAUAAUGUCACUAUAAUAAGAGAAGAUAUAGGUACAGUUUAUCAAGAAUCAAUUUCUUUAGGAACAUUAAUUGAUGAUGAAUUUCCAUUUCAAAUUUUCACCAUGGAAUAUAAAAGUGAUAGCAACACAAACAACAAUAGUUAUAUAAAAUUCUCAAUUAAUGAUAUUACAACAUUUGUUAUAAAUGGAUCAGCUUUACAUCCUAAUGAAUUUAUAGGAUGGAGAGAAAUUACUAAAGAACCAAUGUCAAUAAUUUUAAAUAUGGGAUUAUCUUAUAUGUGGAAUCCAAGGGUAAAUAUCGAUGAAUUGAAAUUGCCAGCAAAAUUUUUAAUUGAUUAUAUAAGAAUUUAUCAACCUAAUAAUAUGAUUGAAAUGACUUGUGAUCCAAUAGAUUAUCCUACUGAUGAAUAUAUUCGAUCUCAUUCAAUUGCUUAUGAAAAUCCAAAUUUAACUUCUUGGUAUCAAGCAGGAUUUGAUUUCCCCAAAAAUUCUUUAUCGCAUCAAUGUAAAAUUCCUUGGAGUGCUACCAAUGGGAGAGUCACUACCUAG